CUCUCUCUCUCCCCCAUUUCCUUGCAUCACCAGGGUUUCUUUUGAUACUAUCACAGCCUGUGCCUGCCAAACUCUUUGGGCUGAACAUUAAUGGUUCCACGCCAUUUGCCAUGUGCUUUCAGCAUGGACUGUUCCUCAAUAGUAAACUACAUGGAUCUGUUAGCCACACCCAGCUUUUCAAAUGGGUCAAAGCCUUUGUAAACCCGCCUGUCUCUUGAGGUAAUAUUGAGUGUCCUGCUCAGUCUUCCUAUAACACAUGAAGCUGUUUACCUGUCCCUCCUAAGGAGGAGACCUUUCAAUAGUGGCCCCCUGAGAUUGUGGAACAACUUUACCUCACUGUGUGAUUUUUGUGCACCUCCCUUGAGAUGGGUUUUGAGGAUGAGAGAGAUGCAGCUCUUGGUGGUAGUCUUAGACUAUUAGAAGGAACAUUAAAGAAAAGAACUGGAAAGGCAGGAUACACAUUUGAGAAAGAAAUCAUAUGAAACUUAAGAGAAGAGGAGACUUUAGGGUUGGUUGGUAGGUAAGAACCAAGGUCACAGGUAGAGAAUGAGGCGGGUUACAACAAUUAAACACAAUAUUUAACCACAAUUUAAAACAUUUUAAAACAACUUACUGUCAAAUAAAGAAGGCAGGUCCUAAAAAUAUGCCCAAGCAGGCACACACACAAUUUUGUAGCUAGCCCUUGAUGAUUUUGGGCUGUUGGGGGGAGAGGCAACCAGAUGCUAGAAACGUGGGUUUGGGGACAGUUGGGUUCAAGUCCCUUUUUAGCUUUAAGAAUUCAGAGUAUUAUGUCUAGUAGAGUGAGUUAAGAUAGGCACCUGAAUCCCCUUUUUGAAUAAACUCUAGUCUAAAAAAUGCAUUGCAAGUUCCAUAGCACCACGUUUGAUAAACAGUGGUGACCGCUGCAGCCCUUAGCUUGCCUUGGUGCGACACACCUUUCCCACUGCUCUCAGUGUGGUGUUGUCUGUUGCCAGGAGCAGUGGCCAGGCUGGAAGGAGCCGCUGGUGGAGAGUGGAAAGCCUGAACAGGAUUCUGGUCCCAGAGCAAGGUGUGCAUACCACCCACCACCAUGGAGCAGGUGAAGGCACUGCAGGACUGAGUUUGCCCUGAAAGAAGCCAUGUCGACAGGCGGCAUGGAGGAUGACAUCCCUCAGGGAGAGAGGAAAACUGUCACGGACUUCUGUUAUCUGCUGGAUAAAUCUAAACAGCUCUUCAACGGCUUAAGAGACUUGCCUCAGUAUGGGCAGAAGCAGUGGCAAUCGUAUUUUGGGCGGACCUUUGAUGUUUACACCAAGCUCUGGAAGUUCCAGCAGCAGCACCGGCAAGUUCUGGACAAUCGGUACGGAUUAAAGCGCUGGCAAAUUGGCGAAAUCGCUUCCAAGAUUGGGCAGCUUUACUACCACUACUACCUUCGCACGUCUGAAACCAGCUACCUGAAUGAAGCCUUUUCCUUCUACUCUGCUAUCCGCCAGAGGUCUUACUACUCCCAAGUCAACAAAGAAGACAGGUCAGGCCAUGCCUCAGUCUUGCCUGAACUGGUAGUUAAGAAGCUGCGUUAUUAUGCACGAUUCAUUGUGGUUUGCCUUUUACUGAACAAAAUGGAUGUCGUCAAGGAUCUUGUAAAGGAAUUGUCUGAUGAGAUUGAAGACUACACCCACCGCUUCAACACGGAAGACCAAGUGGAGUGGAAUCUGGUUCUCCAAGAGGUGGCUGCAUUUGUUGAGGCAGACCCUGUGAUGGUGUUGAAUGAUGACAACACCCUUGUGAUCCUCUCCAACCGCCUCUCUGAAAUGGGAGCCCCUCUGCUGGAGCAGGGGAUGAUCGUAGGGCAGCUGGCUCUCGCAGAUGCGCUUAUUAUUGGCAACUGUAACAAUCAGGUGAAGUUCAGCGAGCUGACAAUCGACAUGUUCCGGAUGCUGCAAGCUCUGGAGAGGGAACCUAUGAACUUGGCAUCACAAAUGAGCAAGCCCGGGCUGCAGGAGACAACCGAAAAGCCAGCAAGAAGGGAAAACCCUCACAAGUACUUGCUGUACAAGCCAACCUUCAGUCAGCUGUACACCUUCUUGGCUGCAUCGUUUAAGGAGCUGCCUGCAAAUAGUGUCCUGCUCAUCUACCUGUCAGCCACUGGCGUGUUUCCUUCAGGUCGUUCGGAUAGUGAAGGUCCCUAUGAUUUUGGGGGUGUCCUGACAAACAGCAACCGGGACAUCAUAAAUGGGGAUGGCAUCCACAAGCGGAACCAGUCGUACAAAGAGAUGCACUGUCUACACCCUGGUGAUCUCUAUCCUUUCACGAGGAAGCCUCUGUUUAUCAUAGUGGACUCCUCUAACAGCGUUGCCUACAAGAAUUUCACAAACUUAUUUGGACAACCACUGGUGUGCCUACUUUCACCAACAGCAUAUCCAAAAGCGUUGCAAGAUCAGUCUCAGCGAGGCAGCCUCUUCACCUUCUUCCUGAACAAUCCUUUAAUGGCAUUCCUAUUUGUCUCUGGAUUAUCAAGCAUGCGCAAAGGAUUGUGGGACAAGUGUCAUGAUUACCUUCGCAAAAUCAACCGGGAUAUUGCACAAUUGCUGACCCAUUCUCGUUCCAUAGAUCAGGCCUUUCUCCAGUUUUUUGGAGAUGAAUUCCUUCGCUUACUUCUAACAAGAUUCAUCUUUUGCUCAGCUACCAUGAGGAUGCACAAAAUCUUCCGGCAGGAAACUAGAAAUUAUCCAGAAUCCUACCCCCAGUUGCCAAGGGACGAAACUGUGGAGAAUCCACACCUUCAAAAGCAUAUUUUGGAGUUGGCUUCAAUGCUGGAUGUUCGAAAUGUGUUCCUGGAAACCACGCUUGAUGAUUAUUAAAAUGGAAAUACACAUUCUGGCUUUCUUACUGCAAUGGGGUGUUUCCCAGCCACAGAUUUUUGAAAUGGUGCAGUUUUCUAAUGUGAAGAUCCACAAAAGGAAUUUACUUGAUUUUUAUUUUUAAACUUAAUGAUUAUUUUUUUAAACAAAUGGAAUGGCUGUGGGCAUGGCUGUUCCAUUCUGUAUGGGGUCAAUUUUAUAAACUAAUCCCUUCUGCAUCUUUUUAAAAAAAUUAAAGACUUAAAGGAAUCCCUUGGGUUUAAAAUUUUGGUUUUUGGUGGUUGAAAACCAGCGACACAUCAUAAAUGAGCCUAAGUAUUUAGAAAAAAAAUGCUAUUGGUCACUUUUCGCCCUUGUAUGUGGAAAUUCUUUAUUUUUGUACGAUUUUUAAAAAUUUGGAAGCAAAAACAAAACACAAACAAACCAAGAAGAAGACCUCUUCUGUCCCCAAAGAUUCUGGAUUUGAAAUGUGAAAUGUGGGAUCACUCAUUGCAAAGCAGCAAUAGCAAUAAUAAAAAGUCUUUCAAAACAAGAUAUGUAUGGCCAACUCAAGAAGGAGCAUCACUUUUGAAGGGAUCGCAGAAAAUGUAGUGUUCCCUACUCCCAUAAAUCCCCUUAUCCAGAUGUUAAAAGCUAUGUUGCAUGUUGAUAAGAAUGCAGGACUUUUAUCCCAUCUGUGAAGGAAUCGUCUCCUGACAUAUGAAUCACAUCAAGAGACUGGCCCCAUCUCUUUAUUGGACCACCCUCCGUGCCUCUUGCAGAGCCAUGACGAUCCUCCUGCCCUGGGAGGAAGGUCAGAACCAGUCAGUUUUUGGGUUCUGAAACCUCAGAAGGAGACAAUCUGCCUUCCUCCCCCACACAAUGAAGUAUCAUUCCUCAGCUUCUGCCCAGAGAGUUGUAUCUAGGGAUGGAAAAUGCCAGCCUCUCUCUGCACAUGAACACAUGGCAAGGAACUGCUUCAAACUACCACUGCCACACUUGGACUGUGAAUAAACCCUUAAUCUGUUUGUGGUGUUCCCCAGAUCCAAGAGAGCCACUUUUCUUAUCCCCCACUCCUACCCAGUCUUUUGUGAUUUGACAACACACGUUGAUGCUGUGUAGUGGGGGAAAGAUCACUGCCUUGCCUCUGUGGCUGAGCUGCUCAAAAUAAAACCUUGUUUAUAGUUGUGGGAAAGGCAUGUCCCUCCCCUCACUGCCUGUGUAAAACAUGAAUCUUCCAUGCCAGAGCUGUGUUUAGAUGAGAAGGUGUGGAGGAACAUACUGACUGUUCAUUUGAGCCCUUAAGUAUUUAUUCUGUCUACAGCAGGUGGAGGGAACUUUUAGCCCACCAGGUGUUGCUGGAUACAACUCCCAUCAGCCUUGGCACGCAUAUGGCCUGUGGCCAAGGAUGGUGGGGGUUGUAGUCCAGCAGCAAACUGGAGGGCCAAUCUAUAGAAAUCUGAAGGCUCUUGCCAGAGGGUUUUUGCUGGGGUAUCGGGGGGGGGGGGCGACCAAUGCAAGGGAAGCUAAACUGCCUGAAGGUAGCUUGUCUGUUUUCAGCAUAGGUUAGGAAGAUAUUAGCAUAUAAUUAUAAUGGAACAGGAAUGCUGCAGCAGAAGGAAAGGGUUGCUGGGGAAGGGUGCUGCUCUCAAAUUGUCCUCAGCACCCAGCUUUUUAAGGCAAGUUGUGGCUCAAGAGGUCUACCCCCACUCCUAUACAACCAUCUUGCAAAAGACCUCACUUGGGUUUUUUGCCCACCAAGGAAUAUGUUCAUCUUUGAGUGCAGCAACAGGCUUUGAAAGACUUCGAAUGUAAAGAACACAUUCCGUUUCAUUUGAAAAUGGAUGAGAAGUCCUGGCAAAAUUACACAGCGUAGGUUUGUGUGUUAAGUGUUUUCCAGAUGGUCCUGGAAUGGCUGCUGAUAAAGACUCCUUUGGUGGUCAUCUUGCAAAUGGGGGAGUGUUGUGGGGAGCUGUUGGCCAGUACAUUCAGGAUUAACCCACCAAACACAGUGAGCACACAUUUCAAGCUUUAUUUUUUUAAGCGUAUUGGGCGUUUUCUGUAAUUCUGCAGUUGUGGGGUAUCUUUGAGAUGUCAAAUAGGAAAAACAAGAGUUUUGUUGUUGCAGCUUGUGUUUCAUGGAGGCCAAGGAGAAAACUAUGGAGUAAGUGUUUCUUCUUUUUCUUCCUGAAUCUGUUUUGUCCGCAUAAAAUAUUGCUUGCUUCAUAUCUGUUCCAGCAGACUGCCAUGUUUGCAGCUGCCCAAAGUAUGAUGCAAUGGCCAAUAAGAUGGGCACAGUAGCAGAACUGAGAUGCAUUCCAGACUCUGAGAAGGCAAUGCUUGGGAGGUGUAGCGAGAGGUGCCUUAGGUCGGGCAAAAAAGUGCAAUGGGGCAUAGGCAAGUAGAUACAGAGUUUUUGCGGAGAUGUUAUUCUCUUCCCUGCUGCCCAGUGAGCUUGCUCUAAAAUGCCUUCACUUUUGACAGGCAAUUGGAAAGAACACUUUAAAUGCCAAGUUGUUUCCAUCAAGUUAGGUUUGGUAACUGGCACUGCUGCAUUUUUUUUUAAUCUGGAGUGCUCCCAUUUUCCUGAUCUUUUAAAAAGUAAAAUAACAAUAGUGUAGGUAAAAGGUGUUUGUUAUAUGUAUUAUAUGCACAGUCUGCUGGCUUGUGGAGGGGUGCUUCUUGUAAAUUUUCUCUCUCUCUGUGUGUGUAUGAUAGCUUGAGAACCAUGUGAAUACAGUUUGUUUGUUUUUUUAAAAAAAGUAAACAUAGGUGCUGAGCAGAAUUUGUUCUAUUGCAAUAGAGCAUAAUUAAGAGUGCCGUUGCUCAAGACGGUGGUUUCAUGGGUCCAUAAUUCAGAAGCAUAGUUUCAGCAAUGUGAAUUUCUUAUUGGAGGGCUUCACUGUCCAAAAACAGAUUAGGGAAGGGACUUGUGUAGGCCUUAAACUCGGGACAAGUAUUUCGUCUAAUUCUUACUGAGCUGUGACCUUGUAAUGUUUGCAAACCAAAUUCUAGGUUUGUGGUGAUGGACACACACUGACGUCCCUGAAACAUUCUGGUGCCAAUACGUCUCCCUGUACCGCCGAUGUACCUCUGAGUAGGCUUUAAAUGGCAAAUGGUUCUUAGGGGAAAUUUACUAAGAAUAUGGAACACUUGUGUUCAUUUUGGAAGCCAUGGUUUCCAUCAAGAUUUUACCUUUUCAAGGUCCAAAGGUUUCUCUGGUCACCUGUGGUGAUCAUACGUCAGUUUCCACAGUUGGCUCUGACUUACCUUUGCUGCAUGUUGCCUCAUUUUAGCUGAAAAAGCUUGUGUCCACAAGCUUGGAAAUGAGAUUUCUGUUUUGGAGUUUGCAUUUUGUAUUCUGUUCAAAUUUUGCUUUAACUAUAGAUCUAGGUUUAAACUGGAUCCCAGCCAUACAUAGUCCAGCAUAACAGAUAUGCAAAGUUCAAAUAAUUAAAGGACUAUAUUUUUAAAAGCAAAUAAGGACAGAUAUUACAAUUUUGUUUUAAGAAUAUCCAAUCUACCACAUUGAUGUAAUCUUAUCUUGAUAUUUUCUGAUGCAGUUUCUUUUCUGUAACAAGCCUGAUGGUUUGCCUGCAAAGAUCUGCAGGCUUGAUAUACUGUAGAAUCAAACCAAAAUAAGAGUUGAGGAAAGUAUUUUCUGGCCCUGUUACAUAUAGGACAAUCAAAUGAAUAGUAAGGGACAGCCUCCACUGUACCAGCUACACAAAUACAGGAUAUUCCUAUCAUUAUGGCCACAAGGAUAUGGCAGGGAAUGUUUGCUGAAAUUGAAGGCAGGCAACCAUUCUCCUUUUCCAUACCACAUAUUGCUCAAGAUUUCCUCAUGUGAUACUAUUUGGGCUGAUCUCCACAUCAAGCAAAGGGAACAAUUCUGCUGAAGACAUUAUCCAUUUUUUAAAUUAUGCUACUAGCUUUAAAUUUAGAAAAAUAUGAUUGAGAGAUACUGAAAGACCUUACCAGAUGAAUUGGUCUUUGUAUCCAGAUCCUCCCCUUUCAUAUAUUCUACAAAAGUACUAUAUUCUAUUUGAACGGCUUCUUUUUUAAAAACAACCAACAACUUAGAUUUAAGUGGAUAAGUAAGUCUGGCAUUGUAGUUUAUGUUUCUAGCUGAAAUUGGGUAAAGAAAAGUUGGCUUCUCAAAUGCCUACAUAAGGCACAGGUUGUAAACAGGAACAUUUUGUCUUGAGUUUUGCUUGUACAAUCGACUCUCAACUUAUGUAGAGGUUAUGUUGCGGGUAUAGCACACAAAGCCAAAAUCAUGUAUAGUCAAAAACAAACAAACACAACCACACACAAUCCAUUCCUCCUAUACCUCCAAAUGCCAUCCCAAGGCCUCCUAUUCUCUCCUAAGGCCUCUGAACACAGUCCCUGCCCCUCUGACCACUCUCAAGGUGAGUGCAAUGGCAGGUGGGAUUGCCAACAUAUUUUCCCCCAGACACCUGCCCCCUUUUAUAAUUUUUUUGUUUUUUCAGCCAAGUGCUUAAAACUCUGUGUGUGUAAGUUGUGAGUCAACUGUUUAUUAUGUUGGUGCAGUCAACUUUAAAAUCCUGAAAGACAAAUUGAGGCAGUGAAAAUGCUUUGUUGGAGAUGGGGAAGGUGUGGGAAUCCAGUUGUUGUUGGGCUCCAACUUCCAUCAGCCCCAGCCAACAUGGCCAGUGAUCAUCUGAAGGGCCAGAUGAUCACAAUCAAUAGUUUCUGCUGAUUUUCAAUAUGGGCCAAUACACUACCGGUAGCUGUUUUUGAGCCAGCAUUGUUGGGUUUAAGUUUCCAGCAACACCUUGUCUAGGAGUAUGUUCUCAGUACAUGGUACAGCUCUUUAUGAAUAUAAAGUAUAGAAUCAGUAUUACAUGAACCACCAAUAUUUCCCCCUAUGGUGUGUUUGUACAUAUCACAGAAACACACCACAGAGCAAAAAAUGUAGGUAGUUCAUAUAAUACUAAAGAAGCCCUGAUACUGGAGAGGCGAAACAGUACUGUUGGCCAAAGCAGAGGUGUAAGCAUGAAGAGUUUAGUAAUAAGUCUUCCUUAUCCUGCAGCCUAAGUCUUGGCACUUGAUGAUAUCUCUCUGCCUCUCCUUGAUGUCCUUGAUGACAUUGCUCUGCAUCUGCAGAGCCCACCCUGCAUAGCCGUAGCCAAAGGGGAGCAGUGAGGGGCAGCUGCCCCCCAAUCAAUACAAAAAUACAUAGCUGCCCCCCCUACAAAAAUCCUGCUACACCCAUGCCACCCUACUUUCAAAUAUGCAAACCUGACUAGCACCUGUUACAUAGAUUUUUUGCCUCCAGGGUGGUAGUAGCCUUUGGUCAAGUGAGCUUUUCCUUCAACAUAGAUAGAUAUUGUUGUAAUACUUCACAGAUUUGAACCCAGGAAAAGGGGAAGCUCUCCUGCCUUCUUGCUUUAGCGGUUCUGGUGGAAAGUGAGCAGUAGGUUUUAGAGUUUGUUAGGGCUUCAAGCACUUAACUGUAUUGUUCUGAAUAUAUUACAGCACUGCUAUAUGCUGGCAUGGCAAUAAUAAAUUAGCUCUGGUUGAGACCCUUAAAGCCAUAACUUGCUUUUUGCAGUGUAUUUUAGUAAUGGUUCCCAAAUAGAAAAACAGCUCUUUUGUGAGUGUGGAGAGAAAUGAUAUUUUGAUCUGAAAUGGCUGCUUGGACACGUCUUGGACACCAUAAAGGCAAAAGGAAAAGCUGAGAGUACAGUAGUUCUUGAAUUUAGGUGGAUCUCCAAAAAUACAAAUUGAUGUUCAUGUCCCCCUGUGAACUUGCUUUGAAUCCAGGUUCUUGUCUUAUGCUUAGUGGAAGGGAGAAAAAUUAGGGAUUGGAAAAGACUUCCUGCUCUGUUAGGGUUUGAUUCCCUUUUUCAUUUAAUGAGUUUCACAUAUUAUUAUUAUUUUAAAAAAUGUAGGCACUUCCAAAGCAUACUCUCUUCUCCAUGUUGUUUCAAAGCCUGCUUUUUCCUCUUAGGUCUUUUCAUCAUAUAAUACUCAGUGGUCUAGCCACUGGAGGAAUUUAUUGGGACUGGUAAAAGAGUUACUGUCUCUUUAAGAACUCAGUUGCAGAAGGAAUUCUAGGAAAGGGGUUUGCUUGUUUUGUUGCUUCUGCCGAUUGUGACAGAAAUGAAAUCCCUUAAAGGGCCCCUAAAGAGCUGCCCAAACCAUCUCUUGAUGGUGUUAUAUAAGUCAUUCUGGUCUGGAGAAAAACUUCUCCAGGGCCUGUUGGGCUCCUCACAUAGUAUAACAGAGGAAAAGAAUCAGGCAAGUAAAUGCUGGAUAUGCAAGCCCAGUACUUGCCAGUACAUCCCCACUCCUCAGGACUUAAGGCAAAGUGGCCCUUUCUCCCCACAGACUUCCUCGUGACCCCGCUAGUCCAAAAACACAGUUCCCCUCCCACAUGACUUCCCAGAAAUAGCUGCCUUCGUGGUUGAAUCUCUCUGGAUUUGGGGCAGGGCUUGAGGAUUGUCUCCUCAUACUUUUCUCGGACAGGAGGAGCCUGGGGUGGGCUGUGUCUGGAUCCACAGUGACAUUUGCUGUCUGAAGAUUUCUGAAUUAACAUCGUCUUCCUGAAGAUUUUACAUUCACUUCCUGCUUUAGCAUCUUCUCUCUCCCCCCUUCUUCUCUAACCCCAGUUUAUUACAUUUGUACUAAUAAAAGUAUUGUUACUUUAUUAUUAUUGCCAGUGUCCAUCUAACCAAAAGUUUGCAUUACUGGUGGGGGUGGGGGUGUAGGUGGGAUGCUGAGGCCCACUGGCAGUCCCUUGACCGUUUGCAAAGCUACCGGUAUUGCUGGUAGCAAAAUCUCUACAACAAAGGAUGAGGCUAAGUGCUCUGGACACCCAAACUGGACCAGUGACUUGUGACCACAUCAUGCAAUCAACUUAGUUAUUGCUGUUGGUGUUGCUGAAUACUCUGGUGGUUCAGGAAACUUCAAGGUACAGCUCAUUUAACUCUAAUCAAUUUUAAAUCUACCACCUCAGACAGUUACCUUUCAGCCUUGCCUUGUGAUCCUCUGGAAUACAAAUCUCUACACUUCCUGUGUUAAAGAGAAUCCUGAACGAAUGCUUUGAGAAUAAGGCUGACUUUCAUUCACUCUUUCUGCUCUGCUGUGCUAGCACCCAAUGAUAUGUAAAUGUAAUGCACUAAGGUAUCCGUUUAAUCUUAUUUGUUAGAAUAGUUCUCGCAUCUAAAGUGGGUCUUCGUUUUCUUACAAGGGUAACCUAGCCAACACUUCACUCUGAAGUUUCAGAAACAAAGUUUGUUCUGGGAUCUCUGUGGUUUCUCAUUUAGAAUCUAUUUUGUAUUUAGCCAAGUCUAAAGUUGCUGUCUAUGCUUCCUUGGAAGCAAAUUCCAAUGAAACAGUAGAGCAUAUGCAAGAAGUAAAUAGUUACAGGUAGGUAUCUGAAGAAGUGUGCAUGCACACGAAAGCUCAUACCAAUGACAAACUGAGUUGGUCUCUAAGGUGCUACUGGAAGGAUUUUUUUUAUUUUGUUUCAAGAAGUAAAUGUGAGAUAUACACCAAGUAGAAAAUAUGCAUCUGCUGUCAAGUGAAAAGCUCCCAGCAUUCAAUGUGCAGGCUUCUUUAGCCCUUUUAUCAUUGUUGUUAAAGCCAUGCUUAAGCUGGGCAGCAGAAGCAAAACAUGGACUAACCUUCCUUAGAUAGAAUUGCUCAUAUCUAGGCCAGGAUCAGCUAAGCUGUGAUCCUUCACAUAUUGCCGGACUUCCAUCUUCCAUCACUGCUGACCAUUGGCUAUGCUGCCUGUGACUGAUGGGAGUUUGAGUCCAACAAGAUCUGGAGGGCCACAAGAAGUUAGCCCCCCCCCCCCAACUAUGCCAUAGCCUAAAGCACAACAACCAACUCUCCUUCCUUCACCUUCUUGUCCUGUUGCGCAGCCAAAUGAGGAUGAGUAAGGAGAUAAUUAAAAACAAUAAACAUUCUACUGCUUCCUCUAAGAAUAGAGCACAUUUUUGCAUUUCUCUGGAAAACUGAAAGAUUACUUAGGAGGAAGUGUGCCUUUUGAGUAAACGCAUCUGUAAUCAGCAGGCUGGUUUUAAGCUAGGAACUGCUUACUAUUUCAGUUUUUUCUGGCUGAGCUGACAGUGAUGAGCAAGCAACAGUUGGACAUCUUGUAAUGAUGCUACAAGCAACGAUUCCUUGAACAUUGCAUUGAAAUUAGAUGUCAGAUUCUAUCUUUAUUU